AUGAUACCCGAAACACAGAGCACGUCAGCCCCAGAGUGGAGAAGUCGACCGACGAGGGCGGGAACAUGGGUGGUGAGCUUGCUGAGGACGGCAUGUCGAGGCCGCCACCACGUCUUGUCCCAAGGUGCUGGCCACAUCGGGCAACCAUCUCUGCCUCCGCGGUUUCUGUACACUCAUCUUCAAGCCCAAUCACUCGUCCACGUCCCAAGUGCGUGCCGUGGCCAAGGCGGCAUGUCGACCGACCCUGAUCUGCUACCCACCUGGCAACCAUGGUUGGGACAUGGCGUAGUAGCAAUCUGCCUCUUGCGAGCUGCGAGUCCGCAUCCGCGUAUGCAAGAAACAGCCUUUGCUAUCAUGUCGUGCCUGAUUGGCUGUAAGCCCAGCCGUCCACAGUCUGCGAAUCCACUUUCGGCUGCCGACGUCAAAAUGUUCUUUGCUUUGGACAACGUGCCGUAG